UCUCUGGCUGUGUCUCUCUGCCUCAGCUAAAUAAGGAGAUGUCCAACAUCGUGACCCAGAUCCUGAGCAACUACCCUGGCAAGAACAGCACCACCGAGCAGGCCUGGGAUUACAUACAGAGGACGAUGGAGUGUUGUGGAUGGAGUGGUCGUAUGGACUGGCAUGGUAAUGCUGUCGUAGUGAACAGUUCCCAGCUGUUGUUCCCGUGUUCCUGUCAGAACGUGUCUCUGGUUGAGGGUAACUCCUCCUCCGACAGUGGUUUCUGUGAGGCGCAGUCAAUUGAUUGGCCCGUCUACGACAGGGGCUGUAACUCCAGUGUAGAGAGCUGGCUGUUUGCCAACGUUGGAGUGAUCCUGGGGGUCUGCCUGGGAGUGGCUGUCAUUGAGCUCCUGGGUAUGAUCCUGUCCAUAGGGCUGUGUAAGAGCGUACACACUGAGGAUUACACCAAAGUGCCAAAGUACUGAAGAUGAUGACGGGGGACGCUAUGACACACACACACACACACACACACACACGCAGACACACACACACGCAGACACACAGACACACAGACACACACACACACACACACACACACACACACACACACGUUCGGUGCAGAUGUUUAUUUUCUUUCAUUUUUUUUUGUUUAAUUUUUGUUUUGUUUUUGUUUGUAUUUUUUGGGGGGAGGGACUUGUCUUUUCUGUCAGUCCAGUUUCCAUCGGAGCACUUUAGAGACUGUAGUUAUGGAUUAGAGAGGAAGACGAGACCAGACCGGGUCACAGAGACAACAGGAAAGAGAGAUGUGGAGAAAGUGAGGACAGGAAGCGUGGAGAGAGGACAGAGAAGACGAGGAUGUAGAAAGAGAUGGAGGGUCGUCUCCUACCUCGGCAGAUGCAGUCUACCACAUCCUUGACUUCUGGGGAAAGAUCCAUUUUUAUCAUCAGGAAUCAAUCAUGAUCGGCAUUGUUUGUCAGCUCUCAUAGGUCCAAUCCUAACUUCAGAUAUGCAUGGGUAACUUUCAUGAAUUGAAAAUGUAAAAAUGUGAGAUUUUCAAUUGGAGAAUUUAAUUAGGAGAUUUGUGAAAAUGUGAGUUUCGUUCACAGAUCUCAAGUUCGGUUAACGGUUGUUAUCGAGUUGACCUGACUAGAAGAGGAAGAGUUCGGGGAAGAGUUUUUAUUUUCUGUUCUUCAGUGUUUUGAGGAGUUAUGCAUUUUUGUUUGUUAUAGUACCUUGUAUAUAAUUUAGUUUGGUAUUUCGUGAGCCUCUGAAUCUGUGUUCUUUUGUGAAGAUGUUUUUUGUUCAUUGCAUGUUUUCUUUUCCAUGUAUUUCUUUUUUUUGUGCAGUUUUGAUAUUUUUCUUGAUAGUUUUGUUUAAAGUAAUAGUUAUAAUGAGAUACUAAAGAGGACCAGAAUUCUGCUACUUUAAAGUAGGGGGGGGGGGGGGGGGCUUGGCUCGUAGGGGGGGGGUCUUCCCCAACUGGUGGCCCACAGGGGAUAUUAUUUGCUGCCCUAUGUUUUCUGAGCUAGAUAGAUAUAUGUAAAUCUGUUCUAUAGUAUUCCCAUGCGUAACAGAGGGAUGUAUGUGACUGUAUACAAAUCUAAGCAAGCUUUGAAAUGAUUAAGUUUAAGAUAAAUAUUAUAUCUAUUUGGUCUUCUUGAGGUCAAUUUUCAGUCUACAAAUGAUUUGUGUUCCGGCUCCUUGACCAUCCGCUCAAGAAACAAAUCAUCCCUGAAUCUAGUGAAUGACUGCUCUUAAAGGGGCUCUUAAAGGGGCUCUUAAAGGGGCUCUUAAAGGGGCUCUUAAUUAUCCCCCUCCCACAGUGGCAAAGAAAGUCUCAGUUUACAAUUAUCUUUUGAUGACAAACAGAAUACUUUGUUAUGAAUUUUAUGUUGAUCGUGGCAUCUUUUGGGUUGUGAGUUACUCUGAAGCUUUUCAUCUUGUUUUUGUGAUGACGGCUUUCACGUAAAUAUCUAAUUUUCCUUCAGAAGACAAACAUACGCGUUUCGUUAAGAAAUGAACCAUUUUGUUUUAACCCUGAUCAACAAAAAACAAUUGUUAUGUGACCUUUUUCUGUGAGUGAAGAGCAGAUUUAAAUAACAGAAGGUUCUGGUUUUUUAAAGAGGAAAAACGUCCGUUUUGUUCUUGAGAAAAUAUCCAUUUUGGACCAGAAAUUCUUUAUGUACAGUAAAUCAUUCAGAAUUAAAUUAAUGUAUAUUUUUUAACUUUUGAAUUAAGGUUUUUGUUUUAUAUUUAGGCUUUUCUUCUUUUGUUUUGUUGUCUGAUUUGAUAACCUUUGACCUUGGUGUCAUUUUUUUUUUUUUUUUUACCGGUAGGACUAUUCAUUUAGAACUUGAUGAGCUUCUGUCUACUAGCUUGAUCAGUCGACGUAUACUCACCCCAUUGACUCUGUUUUGAUUUGGUCAAUAAACAUGGAAUAAGACUGA